AUGACUGUAGUGGAAAGAAUACGGCAGUUAAUAAAAUCGUACCCAGACUUUCCCAAAAAGGGCAUUAACUUCUUAGACAUUUUCCCCAUUUUUAGAGAUCAGACCGUUAUCAGCGACUGCGUCACUUUGAUGGCAGAGGAGAUUAAGAAGCGUUUCACGCCAAAUGGUGAAACCAUUGAUGCCAUUAUAGGCCUAGAAUCCCGUGGCUUCAUAUUUGGAAUUCUCCUUUCAACCUUCCUUAAAGUGCCCUUUGUUCCCAUUCGAAAAGCCGGCAAGCUUCCUGGCGAGUGUGUAAAAGGCACUUACAACCUAGAAUAUGGUUCUGCUGCUUUUGAGCUGCAGAAAUCCGCACUGAAGGCGGGUUCUCGUGUUGUUCUGAUUGAUGAUGUGUUGGCCAUCGGUGGAACCAUGAGCGCAGCCGCAAAGCUCUGCAAAGAGGCCUCCUUAAACGUCCUCGGCGCGGGCAUGUUGUUGGAGGUGGCGAACUGCGAAGGUGGUCAGCGAUUGGAUGAAUUGGGUUUGAAGUGGUUCUCCAUCCUCAAGCUGGACUAG